GAACAGAUGCUUUUUCAGGAGACUUGCACCAGGAGGCUCGGAUCGGGCUUCGAGAUUACAUGUCUGUCAUGGGAUAUGUCCUCUGAAGGGAGUACUCGGAUUGCAGUCGGAACAAGGGACAAGAUAGUUCAGGUACUUGUUCUAAACACGAACUCGCAACUGGAGGCCGUUUUCGCGGUGCGACUGGACAACACUGUGCCGAAGUCUGUAGCAUUUGCAGACGAUAAAGGCGUUUAUGUGUUUGGACUAUAUGACGGCAACUUCAUCAAGCUGAAGGGGGAUGACGGCGCAGUAGUGAAGGAAUACAGUUGCCAAUCGGUGAUCGGACAUGCGGCAAUCAACCAGAAGAGGGGUGUGUUCUUGGUAGACAACGCAACCGACGGGUUUACAUUGUACCGACUUCUCGGUGAUGAGGAGCCAGUUCGAACUUUCAUCACCGCUCCUCCCAGUGUAUCAGUCCCAAAGCAGGUGGCAUUCGGUGCCGAAGGGAGGUUGGUGGUAGGUGGGAGUGACAAUGGUUUGGUAUAUAUAUUCGAGAGGAAAACGGGGAAGUUACUGGAGAGUCUUCAUCACUCCAAUGCCAGCCUGGUGCAGACAAUAGCU